CAGAUGGAGGAGCCGGACAGCGGGUGCUGGUGCUAGCUAAUAUUCGUUUGUUUCUAAAUGAAAAGUAUUUAAGUAUAUCGUUUUCGGAGCAUUUCUGUUAAACUCCUAUUUUAUUCUAUUGAGUUUUCACAUGGAAUUGUAAACCUAUUUAAUGCAUGUGUUUUGUACAGUAUUUAUUUUGCAGCAAGUAGCCCGGUUAGCAUCUUUGUUGGAAGUUUAGGCCUACUGUGCCACCGCUUGUCGAUUUUAACAAUAGCCGCGAUACACUCCCCUCCUCAGCUUGUUUUGCUACAUUCAAAGGAUUAUCUUUCAAGCAAAUGGAGAAAGAACAUGGGAGAUAAACAGGUUUGGGGACCUUUCGACAACUGAGACAUUUGUUAUGCGGACGGACUUUUAAUUUUAUCGGAAUUUACGACAUUUGAAGACAAAAAUUAGGAUCACAAAGGAAGAUGUCCAACGGCGCAGCAGGAAGCGGGGGGCUGGCUUGGAUGUCUUCCAAACAGGAGGCUGCGAAUGGCAGAGGUGACGCCGGCAAGACGGAAGGGGCCAAGAAAGACAAGCCGGGCUCCAAGAUGUCUGUGGAGCGAGUGUACCAGAAGAAGACCCAGCUCGAACACAUUCUCCUCCGUCCAGACACAUACAUCGGCAGUGUGGAGCCCAUCACCCAGCAAAUGUGGGUUUUUGAUGAAGACAUUGGAAUGAACCAGAGGGAAGUCACCUACGUUCCUGGACUGUACAAAAUCUUUGAUGAAAUUCUUGUCAAUGCAGCAGACAACAAACAAAGGGACAAGAACAUGACUGGCAUUAAGAUCACCAUUGAUCCUGAGUCCAACACCAUUUCUGUCUGGAACAAUGGUAAAGGAAUACCUGUGGUGGAGCACAAGGACGAGAAGAUGUAUGUCCCAGCUCUCAUUUUCGGACACCUCCUCACCUCCAGCAACUAUGAUGAUGAUGAGAAAAAAGUCACAGGUGGAAGGAAUGGGUACGGUGCUAAACUCUGCAACAUCUUCAGUACCAAGUUCACAGUGGAAACUGCCUGUAAGGAAUACAGACACAGUUUCAAACAGACGUGGCAGAACAACAUGAGCAAGACUUCUGACCCCAAGAUCAAGUUCUUUGACGGGGAUGAUUUCACCUGUGUGACGUUCCAGCCAGACUUGGCUAAAUUCAAGAUGGAGAAACUGGACAAAGAUAUUGUAGCGCUUCUUACCCGCAGAGCAUAUGAUGUAGCUGGCUCCUGCAAAGGGGUUAAAGUCACGUUGAAUGGGAAAAAAUUACCUGUCAAUGGGUUCCGUAGCUAUGUGGAUCUGUAUGUGAAGGACAAACUGGAUGAGACGGGUGUGGCGCUGAAGGUGGUGAAUGAGACUGUGAAUGAUCGAUGGGAGGUUUGCCUCACCAUGAGUGAAAAGGGAUUCCAACAAAUCAGCUUUGUGAACAGCAUCGCCACAACAAAGGGUGGCAGACACAUUGACUAUGUGGUGGACCAGAUAGUGGCCAAGCUUAUUGAAGUGGUGAAGAAGAAGAACAAGGCAGGAGUGUCAGUCAAACCCUUCCAGGUGAAGAACCACAUCUGGGUGUUUGUGAACGCUCUGAUCGAGAACCCCUCCUUUGACUCCCAGACUAAGGAGAAUAUGACACUCCAGACCAAGAGCUUUGGGUCCAAGUGCCUUUUUUCAGACAAGUUUAUCAGGGCUGCAACCAACUGUGGGAUCGUUGAGAGUAUACUCAACUGGGUGAAGUUCAAAGCUCAAACGCAGCUGAAUAAGAAGUGCUCAUCUGUGAAGCACAGCAAGAUCAAAGGCAUCCCCAAGCUAGAUGACGCCAAUGAUGCUGGUGGCAAACACUCCUCUGAUUGCACAUUGAUCCUCACUGAGGGAGACUCAGCCAAGUCUCUGGCUGUGUCUGGACUAGGAGUCAUCGGGCGUGAUCGCUAUGGAGUGUUCCCACUGAGAGGAAAGAUCCUCAACGUGAGAGAGGCAACGCACAAGCAGAUCAUGGAAAAUGCUGAGAUUAACAACAUCAUCAAAAUUGUUGGCCUCCAAUACAAAAAGAGCUAUGAUGACCCCGAGUCACUGAGGAGCCUGCGCUACGGCAAGAUCAUGAUCAUGACAGAUCAGGAUCAAGAUGGCUCCCAUAUCAAAGGUCUCCUCAUUAACUUCUUCCACCACAACUGGCCAUCCCUACUGAAACACACAUUCCUGGAGGAGUUUAUCACACCCAUUGUCAAAGUAACCAAGAACAAGCAGGAGCUGGCCUUCUACAGCAUUCCAGAGUUUGAUGAGUGGAAGAAGCAGACAGAGAACUAUAAAACCUGGCAUAUAAAGUACUACAAAGGUUUGGGUACAAGUACAAGCAAAGAGGCGAAGGAAUACUUUGCUGACAUGGAGAAGCAUCGCAUAACGUUCAGAUACAGUGGAGCAGAGGACGAUGCUGCCAUCACUCUGGCCUUCAGUAAGAAGAAGACAGAUGACAGAAAGGAGUGGCUGACUAACUUCAUGGAGGACAGACGCCAGAGGAGGAUGCACGGCCUGCCUGAGCAAUACCUGUAUGGAACUCAGACCAGGCACCUCUCCUACAAUGACUUCAUCAACAAAGAGCUGAUUCUGUUCUCCAACUCUGACAAUGAGAGAUCCAUUCCCUCGUUGGUUGAUGGUUUAAAGCCAGGCCAGAGGAAGGUGCUGUUCACCUGCAUGAAGAGGAAUGACAAGAGGGAAGUGAAGGUCGCACAACUGGCCGGUUCAGUGGCAGAGAUGUCUGCCUACCACCAUGGAGAGCAAGCUCUCAUGAUGACCAUAGUGAACUUGGCCCAGAACUUUGUGGGCAGUAACAACGUGAACAUCCUGCAGCCACUGGGUCAGUUUGGUACUCGCAUCAAUGGAGGCAAAGAUGCUGCCAGCCCUCGUUACAUCUUCACCAUGCUCAGUCCUCUUGCCAAGCUGUUGUUCCCAGCGGUGGAUUCCAACCUGCUCAAGUUCCUGUAUGAUGACAACCAGAAAGUGGAGCCCGAGUGGUACAUUCCCAUCAUUCCAAUGGUGCUGGUGAAUGGUGCUGAGGGAAUCGGGACAGGCUGGGCGUGUAAGAUCCCCAACUACGACCCCCGAGAGAUCGUCAACAACCUCAACCGCAUGCUCAACCACCAGGACCCCCUGCCAAUGCUUCCCAGCUACAAAGGCUUCAAAGGGUUAAUCCAUGAACUGGGUCAGAACCAGUACCUGGUCAGUGGAGAGGUGUCAGUCAUAGACAGAAACACCAUCGAGAUCACAGAGCUUCCUGUUCGGACAUGGACACAGGCCUAUAAGGAGUCUGUGCUAGAGCCCAUGCUGCAGGGCAGUGACAAAACACCAGCCCUCAUCAAUGAUUAUAAGGAAUACCACACGGACACCACAGUCAAGUUUGUGGUUCGCCUGUCUGAGGAGAAACUGGCCCAGGCCGAGGCAGCUGGUCUUCACAAAGUGUUCAAGCUGCAGUCCAGCCUUACCUGCAACUCCAUGGUGCUGUUUGACCACAUGGGGUGUCUGAAGAGGUACGAUUCAGUCCACGACAUCCUGAGGGAGUUCUUUGAGCUCCGCCUGCACUACUACAAACUGAGGAAGGACUGGUCGGUGGGCAGCCUGGGAGCUGAGGCCGCCAAACUGUCCAACCAGGCUCGCUUUGUACUGGAGAAGAUUGAAGGAAAAAUUUCAAUCGAGAACAAAUCCAAGCGUGAACUGAUCCGCAUGCUGGUCCAGAAAGGCUAUGAGUCGGAUCCAGUGGCUGCCUGGUCCAAGGCUCAGGAAAAGGCUCAGGAAGAAGAUUACCGAGACGGAAACGACAGCGACAGCUCGGUGGACUCUGGCUCCUCGUCAGGACCAAACUUCAACUACAUCCUCAACAUGCCUCUGUGGUGCCUGACUAAAGAGAAGGUGGAGGAGCUGCUCAAGCAGAGAGACCAAAAGAGAGGAGAACUGAAUGAUCUCCAGAAGAAAUAUCCAGAGGAUCUGUGGAAGGAGGACCUGGCGGUAUUCAUAGAGGAGCUGGAUAAAUUGGAAGCCCAGGAACGAGAGGAGCAGAGUUUAGGCAAGGCCAUCAAACUGGUGAAGGGGAAGGUGGGCAAACCCAAAGCGAAGAAGAUGAACCUGGAGGAGACCAUGCCCUCUCCAUUUGGUCGCAGAGUGGAACCUCCAACUCAGCCACUCAAAUCUGAUGCAGCCAAGAAACUGACCAAAAAGAAGAAGGGUGACGCAGAUCCAGCGGUCAAGUUGGAGUUUGAUGAUGAUGGUUUGGGCGGUGAGGGAGCAACAGGAGAAAACUCUGUAGCCAAACCAAAGGCUCCACGUGUCAAGAAAGAGAAGAAGGAACCUGGAGCUCCCAGAGUGAGAAAACCUCCAGCACCCAAAGCUGCCAAGAAAGUGAAGAAGAGAAAUCCCUGGUCCGAUGACGAGUCUAAGUCAGACAGCGACAUGGAGAACAGUGAGCCCAUCAUCCCCAGAGAGAACAAGUCCCAGAGGGCAUCAGCUUCCAAGCCAAAAUACACGUUUGACUUCUCAGAGGAGGAGGAGGCUGACGAAGAGGAGAACGGCGACGAUGAUGUGGCUUCUUCUCCCGUGAGGUCGUUCAAAGAUGACUUCACUUCCUCUGAGACCAAGGAGCGCUACAACGACCAUAAUGACGACGACGACGAUGACGACAACGAAGUCUCCUACUCUCCCCCCAAACAAAAGCCCACGUCUGCACCUGUAGCUAAAAAGAAAGAGGCAACCAGCAUCUUCUCAUCUAAGUCAGCCUUCUCUGAAAAAAGCAAUGAUAGUGAUGGGUCCAAGUCUGACAGCGACGAAGACAACAGCCGAGUGUUCUCCACUUACUCCAGCAGCUCUGCGUUUGACAAACUAUCGCCAGCAAAGAAAGCAGCUAAGAAGCCCACUGAUGCAGCUCCCAAACCCAAGAAGCCACCAGCACCAAAAGCAAAGAAACCAGAUAAAUCCAUCUGGGACUCUGACUCUGACACUGGGUCCAAGAAGCCAGCACCAGCAGCUCUGAAAGGUAAAGGCAGGGGGAGGAAGAGGAAGGGCUCUGGCUCUGAAGAGGAUUACAGCCCUAUGAAGAAAAUGACAAAACCUGCCGGCAGAAAACCUCAGAAACCUCCAUCCGAUGACGAGGAUGAUGACAGCAACAGCCUGAGUGCGAUGAACGCCGCGUCCCGCGACAGACCGGGCCGGGCCAAGAAGGAGGUGAAGUACUUUGACGAGUCAGACGACGAGGAAGACGACGACGAUGACGACAUGUUCGAUUAAAACAACCUUUGAUCACAUUCAAACACACUCCGCUCGUAUGGAAGUUUCCUCCUCCCUGUGUUCCCACAGACUUUUGUACAUUUCCUGUUUCAUUUUAUUUUCAUUAAUGGUGAUGUUCAAUGAUUUUUAAUGUGUAGGUGUUUUACACUUUUUAUUAUACAUAUACAGGUUUCUUUUUUUUAAUGCUCAUUGAAAUGUUCUGUAUUUGUCCGAAGCGGCUUUUAGAAGUUUAGAACGCUGUGCUUUAGCACAUUUUAAUUGUUAAAAUACUAUGUAACUUUUUGAACAUGAAGUUGAAAGUAAACGAUGAAAUGUC